GCAAGACUCUUCAUUAUCUUUAAUAAAUAUUCCUGACCCUGGUCUCACAUUGGCCUCUGGAAUGAAUCCGCACGUACUGCGGUGAACAGUCACGUGACCUGACCAAGGCUCGCCAGCUUUUGAUCGGAGUUCGCAAAGGACAGUCCAACGAGCUUCACCUCGUCGAGUGUCCAACCCGUCACCAUGCAUCGACAAUCGGUCACCCGGCUUGCUCGCCAGUCUGGGAGCCUCCCGCUGGUCGAAUUACCUCCGCCAUACCUCGCACCGUCCCUCCAUUUCUCCAAGAUCCGGUCCCCCGUUCAGUCCUCAAGCUUUUCUUCCACCGCAGUCGCCGCUGCUCAUGGGCGUGACUUGAACAAAACCCGCGGUGUUUCUGCCAUUCACCGUACCGGUCCGAGGUUCAAGUUGGGUGCCUCCAAGUACCCAUUGCCCAAGCCUGUGUCUCCGGAAGCUAUUGAGAAGCGUGAUCCUUCUCCCAACCAUGGACUCUGGGGUUUCUUCCCCAAGAAUAGAGAAGCAUUGAGCACACCGGAAUAUGAUGUCUCCCAUGGCCGUUCUUGGUCUAUCCAGGAGCUCCGUGAGAAGUCCUGGGAUGAUCUCCAUGCUCUUUGGUGGGUCUGCAUCAAGGAGCGCAAUCGCAUAGCCACAUCCGAUUUGGAAAGAGUGCGAUUGAGGGCAGGUUAUGGCGAAUGGGAAUCGACCGAACGUGACAGAGUGAUUCGCGUUACUCAAAAGAGCAUCAAGCACGUUCUCCGAGAGAGAUGGUACGCCUGGGAAGACGCCCAAACACUCUACAAGAACGGUUACCGGCCUCAGGAGGAGGACAGCCAGGAGGCUGCAUAAACAGGAUAAUACCGUGACUCCGAUUUCCCAGCCUCCCGUGUCAAUGUAGCAACAUCAUUCGGAUAUUAUUGUCUCUAUUAUUUCGCUGUUAUUUUGCGUUGAAACUGGACAUGUAUGUAGACUAGUCAAUCAUAAAAACAUUAACUAUUUGCCUCUGUAACUAUUGGAGACUGUAUUUUGACGCAAUAUGGAUGCAGGUGUCAUUAAGAUGACAUUGAUAGAGGUCUAUUUAUCAGAAGAUGUGUCUACCAGAGCCUUGUGGAA